CGAUCCGGCUUGACGGCGGGGCCACGGGAUGUGUCUGUUGGUGGGGCCAGGUCGCCAGGGCUUCUUGGAGCUCUUCAUAGCUCUCAGAGCUCCCACAGGCUCCCUGCAGCUCUCUACAGCUCUAAGGGCAUUACAACCACUAGAGCUUCCUGCAGCUCUUUGCCCCAGCCACCGGGAGCGAACAUCCUCACCUCCAGGCCAGGCAAGCCUACCUAUAAAGGUUUGCCUUCCAGAGCCUCUCUGGCCAUCUCUCUCUUCCUCACAGCUCAUCUCAGACAAGCGGGGCAGGUCUCCAUAGCACACGCAUUGGCUUGUCUUCUUCCCCUGACCAUUGGAAUCAACGCCCGGCGGCUACCCUAGCCAUGAGCGAGACCCGAGGUGCCGUCACUGCCUCAACAGCAACAAGUAAGCGGUGGGGUGGAAAUCUGCCGUGCUAUCACGGCCCGGACGACGGCUGCGCGGCGCACAACCCGGACAACCUUCCACAUUUCUUUGCGCAACUGCCAUCCAGCUGCAAGCCUGCCUCUGCCAAUAUCCUCAACUUCAAGUCACUCUUCGAACGGGCAACUGGGAAGCAAAAACCCAACGCCGACGCAGCUCCCAACCCAUCACUCCUCUUGCCGCCCAUAACCUCCUCGCUGUCGCAGACUCCCCAAACCUGCACUCCCUUGCCGCGGGUCCACCCUUCAGUCCCAUACUCGCUUGCACCGUACCACGUCCACGAAGCAACCAGCGCGACUCUGGGUAGUAACGUGCUCCAGCUGCUCACCUGCCACGGCACGACGCCCUCCAGGGCUGUCCUCUUCUACCCAGCACUUACCUGGUCCAUUACCCCUCUCGUCUGCCUAUGCCCAUUCCCAUCCCCUCCCACCGCCGUCACCACCAACGACCCCAACCAAACUCAACAAAAGACCUUCCUUGUUCGCUACACCCUGACCUUUCCAAUCUCCCUCCCCGAAAAGGGCUGGAACGGCAACCCGCCGCAGGACCUUUCCUAUUCAAAAAACUGGCUCGCGUCGCCCUUCUACCGCGGCUUCAGCCCCUGUCCGCACUGCACCCGCGUGUUCCACAGCGUGCGCCUUAAAUCCUCCUGCGACAGUUCCUCGCCGAGAAAGGAGAGGAAGUACGUCCGCACGGUGCGCAUCGACUACGCCCUGAAAAAUGUUCUCGGGCAGGAGAUCAAGGGGGUCUGGAAGAGCGAAGAGGCCGAGAGUCAAACUCCUGGUCAGGGAAACAACAAUAACAUGUCCUGCGGCAUGUGCUACACGGAUUUCGGCAUGGAGUUUGUGGAGGGGCUCAGGGAGGUGACGGUGCGCAUGUGGGUGUGGAAGGAUCUUGGCUUGGGCUGGGUUGGAGACGGCGGAGAAGGGGAUGUUAAGUGGGAGGCUGCCAGGGGCGGGAGGACGCUGAGGAGGGACAGGGCGGAUUUUGGAAGGAUAAGGAGGGCUUUUGAGGGCUCUGGCAUGGGGAGGACCGCGGGUGGGAUCAGGGGUGGAACGAACUACGUUAGUGAUGGUACAUGUACUGAUGGUGCAGAUCAUGGAGAAGGAGGUGCAGAGACUAAACCGCCGGCCCCUGGCCCGGGUCUGGGUCCGCAGCCUAGUCCGACGUCGCCGCUGCCAGGCCCACCGCCGCCAGGCCCACCGCCUCCGUACACUCCGUGAAGUUCAGCAAUCACCCUCUCGACGUCCUUGAAGGCACGGCAGUGGCUGGAUAUUGGGCUACAACUAUAACGGCCAAAAUAUUGGCAAUGACUAGUACCGAGUAUGCACCUACUUACAUGUAUAAAUCCACUACUUCAGUUAUGGAAUACAGCAUGGCUACC